CGCCGCAAUUUCCGGUUCCAAGCUAGUGGCUUGCAGCUCUUAGAAAGGUUUCCUCCGCCUCUGGACGUCUUUUUUGAAAACCUGGAUUUGACGUAUUGAAGAAGCCGACGGAAAUAGAAUCGAAAGCGUUCUAAGAUGGCGAACCGUACGGUCAAGGAUGCCCACAGCAUUCAUGGCACCAACCCUCAGUAUCUUGUGGAGAAGAUCAUUCGGACGCGGAUCUAUGAGUCAAAGUACUGGAAAGAAGAGUGCUUUGGACUUACGGCUGAACUUGUAGUCGACAAAGCCAUGGAGUUAAGGUUCGUGGGUGGUGUCUACGGUGGAAACAUAAAGCCAACUCCCUUUCUGUGUUUAACCUUGAAGAUGCUUCAGAUUCAACCUGAGAAGGAUAUCAUUGUUGAGUUCAUAAAAAAUGAAGAUUUCAAGUAUGUCCGGAUGUUGGGGGCACUUUACAUGAGGCUGACAGGAACUGCAAUUGAUUGCUACAAGUACUUGGAGCCUUUGUACAAUGACUAUCGAAAAAUCAAGAGCCAGAACCGGAAUGGGGAGUUUGAACUGAUGCACGUAGAUGAGUUCAUUGAUGAACUUCUGCACAGUGAGAGAGUCUGUGAUAUCAUUUUGCCCCGGCUACAGAAACGCUAUGUGCUGGAGGAAGCUGAACAACUGGAGCCCCGAGUUAGUGCUCUAGAAGAGGAUAUGGAUGAUGUGGAAUCCAGUGAAGAGGAGGAAGAAGAAGAUGAGAAGCUGGAAAGAGUACCAUCACCUGACCAUCGAAGAAGAAGCUACCGAGACUUGGACAAGCCACGACGGUCUCCUGCACUGCGCUACAGGAGGAGUCGGAGUCGGUCUCCCAGGAGGCGAAGUAGAUCCCCCAAAAGAAGAAGCCCUUCCCCACGCCGAGAAAGGCAUAGGAGCAAGAGUCCACGACGCCAUCGAAGCAGGUCCCGAGACAGACGACACAGAUCCCGCUCUAAAUCCCCAGGUCACCACCGUAGUCACAGACAUAGGAGUCACUCGAAGUCUCCUGAAAGGUCUAAGAAAAGCCACAAGAAGAGCCGGAGAGGAAAUGAGUAAUGGAUUCAUUUUGACUUUUGUCCAGAUGGCUUCCUGUGGAUAUGAGAAGAGUAUGUUUAGGGAAAGGAUCAAGAUCUCCUCUUCAGGCAGCUAUGAGUAUUUUGGGUUUUU